AUGAAAAUGGUGCAAGAGAAUGUUGUGGUGUACUUAGGGCCAAACAAAUUCCCUUCCAGACAGUCCGAGCUGAAACUUGAGAAGCCGAAGAAAGAACUGGACAUCGUGAACUCGAAGCUUACUGUCAAAGACCAAGCCGUUGAUCUUGAGUGUACCCUGAGCACGCCCCUUCAUUUGCACCAUGCACUGCAUCGCCGAGCUCUUGCCAUGGACCUGGUUGGUGUGUGCACGUACUCAGUCAUGAUGCGUUACAAUGAGUUCCUCAUGUCACAUUUGAGUGUAGAUCCGCCUCCCGGCUAUGCUAGGCCCACUAUCCAUCAAAUACUUGAAGCAGACAGAGCUGCGUGGUUGAAAGUCGCUGAGAAACUUCCCAGAGGAGUCAAGCGCACCGCAGGCGGCAACCUGCCGAUGGAUACUGAGUGGCCGCUAGUGCAGACGGAUCCCCGAGUUUGCUUCCAUCUCCUUCCCUUACCUGCCUCCAGUGCUUCUGCUGCACAGGGGACGAAGCGCACCAAUGACGAUGGUGACGCUUCCCCUCCGCCUCCAGGCAAGUUUCAGAAAUGGCAACGGGGCGGGGGGAAAGGUGGAGGCAAGAAGGGUGGGAAGACCAAGACGCCUAGAAGCCUUCCCAUUGAGCUGAAGGGCAAGUGGUCAACCACAAAGCGGGGAGUUCCUUUGUGUUGGGACUUCAACACGGGUGGGUGUUCCCUUGACUUGCGUGUUUUCCUGAAGCGAGCGAGGGCUCGCGUCGCAGGUGCCGAGUUCGGGGAUCUCUUCGGCGUUGAAGUCUUUGCAGGAUCCGGGCGGUUGACUUGUGAACUUAGGAGAGUGGGCCUUGGUGACAGCGUUGGGAUCGACCAUAUUGUGACUAAAUGCUUGACUGCGCCCAUUCUAAAGCUUGACUUGUUAGACCCCGAUGCCCAAAAGUUGCUCGCGCAGUUUUUGGACAAUCCCAAUUGUGUAUAUGUGCAUCUUGCACCCCCCUACGGGACAGCGAGCCGCGCUCGAUCGAUACCGCAGGCGGGUCAAGCGCCAAAACCAGCAAGAUCGGACCGCCAUCCCGACGGUUUACCAAAUCUGCCCCCAAGCUUGGCCGGCCGUGUUCAGUCGGCUAACAAACUCUACGAGCUGUCUAGCUACCUCUUCCGGGAGUGUUGGGAUCGAGGGAUCCUGGUCUCUUGUGAGAAUCCUGCACGAUCUUUCAUGUGGGCCACGUCGGCUUGGCGUUCCUCCAUGUCGGACAUAGAGCCAAUCCAUACCACUUUCCAUCAUUGCAUGUGGGGUGGGACUCGACCAAAACUCACUCGCCUGGUCCACACAGUACCUGCUCUCUCGCAGCUGGCCGUGACUUGCUGCGGCGAGAGCGACGUUCAUGUGCAUGAGCCCUGGGGGCGAACUCCCGAGGGUUGGUCGACUAGCCAAGAAACAGCCUAUCCUGUUGAGCUGUGUCGUGCGUGGGCCCACACGCUCCGUGAGCAAUUGCUUUCCUUGGGCGCAAAGCCUCCUGCUGAAGACUUGGCCGCUAGCUGUGCGCCGCUGCACCGUGCGGCCCAGGUUGCCGUGGGCCGCCAGCCAUCCAAGCGUCGUGCGCCGCCUUUGGUCAAAGAGUUUCGUGUCAUCGUCUCCAUCGACACGGUUGAGCCCUUCUUGCAUGAAGCCUCAAAGAAGCUAGAGGCCGCGGGUGUGGCCCACCCACGACUGCUCCGCUCCGGUCUGCCGCCGGAGCUCGAGGCCUCCAUAGACAAACUCGUGAGCGAAGACCCGGCAGACAUAGGCAGGGCUAGGUGUGAGCAGAUGCGCAAGUGGGUUGCCCGAGCUCGAGAGCUUGUUCCACGUGAGCGCGAACUUCAUUCCAAGAUGCCAAGCCAUUGUGCCAAGGUGUUGGAGCCGAAGAGGCUGCUCUUGUUCAAGGAAUUGUUGGAGGCAUGCUGUCACAAGGAUGAGUCGUUGGUGGCUGAUUUGGCUGAGGGACUACCGAGAGCCUUCGACGUUCUGCGCAUGUCACCCGUCAGGGCAUCCUUCACUCCAACAAGAGCUCGGGUGAUGCUGAGUUGGAUCGUGCCACCAUGGAGGACAUCCUUAGGCGUGUGGGUGAUAGGUACUUCGUUGUUUACGCUCCACUGGAGCGUCUUCUUUGACGACUUCGUGGGCUUCGAGUCGCCCGAGCUUGCGAGGGUCCAUGACCUUUGCGUUGCUACUUUGUUCAAUCUCCUGGGGUGGGAGACUGCCAGUGACAAAGAGACAUCCUUUGGAUCCAUAGCCCAGGUUUUGGGCUUAGAAAUUAAUCUCAAUGAUGUGAACCUUGGGAAGGUGUAUUUUUGCAAUACGGAAAACCGCAAAGCUGACAUAGCCGAUGCACUUGGACAGAUUCUUGCAACAGGCCACUUGAGCAGAAAAGACGGUGAGCGACUGAGAGGUCGGCUGCAGUUCUGCGAGAACCAGAUCGCAGGAAAGCAGGCUGGCCUAGCCUUCCGGGAGCUAUCCCGUCAUGUUCUUCAAGGGGGUGGCGUGCUGCAGCCCCAGACCAAGGUUGCCCUAGACACUUUGAGGGUCCGCAUUCUUGAGGCCCCUCCCAGAUGUGUAUCUGAUCGUUCCGAGUUCACUUGGCAUGUAUAUGUCGAUGCUGCGAACGAUGGUGGAACGUCUGGAGUUGGAGGGGUGUUGGUUUCGGGGUCAGGGGCCAUCAUUGGCCAUUUUAGCGAGACUUUAGGGGAGGAUCUUGUGAAGCUAAUCGGGAGGGUCGAUAGUGAAAAUCCCAUCUUCGAGUUGGAAUGCUUUGCCAUAUACUGCGCGCUUCAUGCUUGGAAGCCUCUCUUGAGGGAAUGCGGUGUGGUGCUGUUCAGUGACAAUGAGGGGACGCUGCACUGCAUGAUCAGCGGUCGUAGCAAAAAUGAUAACGGUGGGAGGUUAGUUGAAGGGGUACACAAGUUUUGCGACAGUCACUUCAUCUCACCUUGGUUUGAACGCGUCAACACGGCCUCGAAUGUGGCAGACGCCCCGUCCAGGGGGGUGUCCAACGAGAGCCUUGGGGCUCGUGCAAAAAUUUCCUGUUUAGAACUCGCACAGCUGGCUUUGGAGGACUUGGGGUGA